AGGCCUGUAAGAGAAACUAUACUGGAGACUGAUAAAGGCCUUGCUUCUGAAGAAGGGCUGGAGAGUUUCUCAAGAGGGUCUCAAGAGAGUACUUCCUUUCCAAGUGAGCUGGCUGAGACAUCCAGGCCUGUAAGAGAAACGACAUCCAGGCCUGUAAGAGAAACUACACUGAAGACAGAUAAAGGCCUUGCUUCUGAAGAAGGGCUGGAGAGUUUCUCAAGAGGGUCUCAAGAGAGUAUUACUUUCUCGAGUGAGUUGGCUGAGACAGGAGAUGUCGAGGAGACAAUUGGGGAAUUCGAGAUGUUCACAUUGGAAAAGGACGUGAAACAGGAAUCUGAAUGUCACUUUAGUGAUCAAGAUAGUCCUGAGAGGCAGGAAGAAAACCACAUAGCAAAGAUGAAGGAUGAAAUAAUUCCUUGCCAAGGCAGGGAUUUCCCCGAAGUAAUUCCCAAGACAGAGGAAACAAGCAACUGGUUGGAGUGUGGACUGAACUUUUCAGAUCAAACUCAGUAUAAUAUACAUUUGGGGGAGCACCCUGGAAACCAGGUCCAUAAAUGCCUGCAGUGUGGAAAGAGCUUCCAUUGUGGAGAAGAGCUCAUUAGACACCAAAGAAUCCAUAUAUCAGAGAAAGUGUAUAGCUGCUCAGACUGUGGCAGGAAGUUCUCAGAGAAAACAAACCUUAUUCAGCACCAGGAAGUUCAUUCAGAAGGGCAGUUAUUUAUCUGCUCAGAGAGUGGAAAGAGUUUCUUUGCUCAUAAGUGCUUUCUGUGUGAAAAGUAUUUCAAGUACAUAUCAGAGCUCCUUGUGCAUCAAAGAAUUCACACAAGCGAGAAGCCCUUUGAGUGCUCAGAGUGUGGAAAGAGGUUUGCUCAGAGUGGGUAUCUGCAGCGUCAUAUAGUAACACACAAAAAGGAGAAAACUUUUGAAUGUGCUGAGUGUGGAAAGAAAUUGAGUUGGAGCUGCACUCUUCAACAGCAUCAAAGAAUCCACAAAGGACAGAAACCUUUUGAGUGCUCAGAGUGUGGCAAGAGAUUCAACUGGAGUUCCAAUCUUCACCAGCAUCAGAGAAUCCACACCGGGGAGAAACCAUUUGAGUGCUCAGAGUGUGGAAAGAAAUUCAGCUUGAGUUCCAAUCUUCAAAAGCAUCUAAGAACCCACACAGGGGAGAAACCUUUUGAAUGCUUGGAGUGUGGAAAGAGAUUCAGCCAGAGUGUCAGUCUUCAACGGCAUCAAAGGACCCACACAGGAGAGAAAACUUUUGAAUGCUCAGAAUGUGGAAAGAGAUUCAGCCGGAGUAGUACUCUUCAACAGCAUCUAAAAACCCACAUGAGGAAAAAUCUUUUGAAUGCUCAGAAGGCAGAAAGAGCUUCACUUGCAGAUUCUGCCUUGAACAACAUCAGAGAAGUUACAGGAGGAGAAACCAUGUAACUGCUCAGUCUGUGACAAGAGUUUUUCACAAAAGGAUGAAAUUUUAUAAACUCUUGGGAAGAUCUUGCUGUGAUCAGAAACUUUGCCAUUAUAAAUCUAUAAGUGUGGUUGCAGAUCUGAAGAGGCAGAAAAAGAAAUAAAGUUCCUUAGAGAAAUUAAAAGCACUCAAGUCUUAGCACAAAAAAGAUCAUAGCCCCCAACUUAUAUAAAGAAAGAUCCAAGAUAGCCUUAGAGUGUGUAGUAGUGGCUGAGAGGGAUAGACGCUAAUCUGGAGAAUCGGGCUCAAUUCCCCACUCACAUCAAAACUGCUGGGUGACUGUAAUGAUUUAAAAUGUAGUAUGUGUGUCUUUAAAUGAGAGGUAAGUUGUAGAAGAAAGGGAGGGAUAAAAGGGGGGGGGGUGAGAGAAUGAGGUGACUGAUUGACAGUUGGAAGAGCCAGAUAAGGGUUUUUGUUUAGUGGGAGGGAGAAUCAGUAAACUGAAGAGUGAAACGGGACUGAAAGGCAGAGAAUAGUAUGAUGCUAAUAGCCUAAAAAGCAGAUUUCCGACUAGAAUCCUUAUAUAGUACAAAGCUGCCCAAAGAAAUAGGCUGAAUAUACUUAGAAGACAUUGGGAGACCAGAAAUGGAAUCAAAUCCUAAUACGGUCACAGGGAUUUAGAGUGAAAGAGUAGAUUUAUGUGGUGAAAGUCACCUCAGACAGAACUUAUUGCCUCAAAUUGUUUUACUUAUUGUAGAAAUAAGAUACAUUACUUCUUGUAACCGUUAAGCUAAAGAAAAAGUAUAAAUAAAAUUUUAAUGUGUUCAAAUUAAA